GAAGUUGUAGUGGCGAGCGCAAGGGUGUGGUUAGUUGACAGUUUCCCCAUCAGCUUUUCAAAACUGGCAGAAAGAGGAAAGCGCAGUGGAUGCCGAGCUUCUGCAGACAUCUGGCAGCACCAGCAUCAUACAGGAUGGAUACAAAGAUUUCUAUGUCCUUUCUGUUCCUUGUAGUCAUAUUUAAAGUGUCGUGGGCCGAGGAUCCCACAACCACAGAUCAAAUGAUGUCUGUGAGUUCCAGUACGGCACAUACUGGUUCCGUUUCUGCUGGAGGAAGACUGGAAGCUGGAACUACCGGAGGGGCUAACGCUACCUCCAAUAAGGUCGUCACUGAAAAUGUCACUAAGCAGGACACAAAUAACCGCACUUCAGUCCACCCCACCGUGUCAGGAACAAAGACAACAGCUCUCACUAAGAACAUGACGGAGUCACAGACAAAGCCCACAUCGACUUCAGUGAGAUCCACAACAAAGACAACCAGCAAAAACAAGGCCCAUAUAGUUGUUCCCUGGGACCCCAAGUGGGACAAGGAUUUCACCUAUGAUUAUACAUCCCUGAGAUAUGCUGGCCUGAUCAUCGCUGCGGUGCUUUUCGUCAUGGGGAUAAUGGUUAUUAGCUGUGGCAAGGUCUGUCGGCUGCCCAGGUGCCACAAAAGAUCAUCAAAGUCGUAUCGGGUGGUCCAUGGAUGAGACUCGUAUACAGCGAUGGAUCCAAAAAGCUGCCAAGAACAGACUAGUCCAUCAGGAGGAAAAGCACGCAAAAACCUGGCAGGAUGUCGUUUGACAGACUCAUGUGCUUUUUUGGUAAAUGUCUUUGAAAAAAGAACUGAAUAAAUAUGGAAAACAUGAUGCAACCUGACAAUAGGAGAACAGCGCAACCAUCAAUCGUUUCAGUCCUGUAACCUGUUCUCAAAUUGAAGAGUAUACUAAAAAGUCUUGUCUUGGCAAAUUAUGACAAAGUGAUUCAUGUUUUAAUUCAACCAUGAACAAGAAUGAUCAUAAUGACCUUUGUAUUUUGCUGUAGGCAGUGUCUCAUUUUGGACUGUCGUUGAAGGCUAUGAGGAAUAACUCCACAUCUCAUUUUUUUGACAGCCUCUGACAUUUUUCACUGUCAUCAUUAUAACAAAUAAAAAAAUAAAAU